AUGUGGUAUUGGGAAGGGGAUAUAAGGGGUUGCUAUUCGGUGAAGGAUGGUUAUAGGCGGUUGGGUGUGAUGACUACACAACAAUCUUCUGUGUGGAAUAAUGUUUGGAAGUUGCAGGUCCCCCCAAAAUGGAAGGUGUUUUUAUGGAGAGCCCUUCUGAAUAUUUUGCCCACACUUGAUAAUUUGAUAAUUAGGAGGGUUGUCGAUGUUAAUUCUUGUCCGUCAUGUGGCUUAGAUGUGGAAUGUGUUAUGCAUAUAUUUUGUUCUUGCCCAUAUGCUGUUAAUGUUUGGCAACUUUCUCAAAUUCAAAUUCCUCCUAUUGCAAACAGGAAUUUUGUGCAAUGGGCAGAGGAGUGGCUCGGUGCUACUACGGGUUUCUCUAGUGAAAUGCAAGGCCGUAUUUGCGGUGUGCUCCAUUGUAUCUGGUCUGCUCGCAGCGCUGCUGUGUGGGAUGCAGCACUGCCGGGUCCUAGCGCACUGCUCAGCCGGCUUCACGCGCAUUGGACGGCCUGGUUGGACACCGAGCACCGACGGGUUGCGGCGAUCGGGAGACUUCCAGUCACAGCUCCUGCGCAGGCCACCUCUACUACGCCGAUUCCUUUUUCUUGUUUUGUGGAUGCUAGUUUUCAUCGUCCGCAACGAGCUCCCGCUUUCGGUUUUGUGGUGUUCGGCGGCGAAUUUUCCUUGGUGGUAGCGGCAAACGGUCCCUUGACAUGUCCGUAUGAUCCCCUUCUAGCAGAAGCAAUGGCGUUGUGUGAAGCCCUCUCUUGGUUAAAGGAUAACGGGUACUCAGGUGGCUCAAUCUACACGGAUUCAUCACUUUUGGUUUCUAGUCUUAAUUCUGUUAGUUCGUUUCGCAAUUAUUUUGUUUAUACGCUUUUGGCUUGUAAACAUUUAAUUAAUGCGUUGCCUGGUACUGUAGUUUGUUUUGUUAAUAGGGAGGCCAACCAAGUGGCGCACUCCUUAUCUAAAGAUGUAGCUGCUAUUGCAAUACGUUCUGUUUGGAGGGAUGUUCCUCAUUCGUUUAUUGAGCCCAUGCUGGCUAAUACAAUCUGA